UAAAUUUAACAUUAAAUGAAAUACGGCAACAAUACACACAGAGAGAGAGAAAUACAGUAACAUAUACGAAUAAUAAAUAUAGACAAAACUAUAAAGAAAAAUACAGGUCCACAACACUCAUUUAUUACCAAGUCUUAAAUUCCCUCAUGUUCUCUCCACCACCCUCCUCCUCUUUCUCCUCUCCCAACUUUCAAACUCUCUUUUCCUACGAUCACAUCCAUGAACAUCAUCUAAACACAUGCAACCAAGCACUACCAUCCCAUGUCAACAGCCUCUUUCUCUACCCCACUCUCUCCAGCCACAGCCAACGCCACCGCCACAGCCGCCGGCGUUGGGCUUGGCUACGGUAUAGCCAUCGCCGUCGGCAUCCUAGUCCUCGUCUCCACCAUCAUGCUCGCCUCUUACCUUUGUGUCCGAGUCAAGGGCCGGUCCACCAGGCACCACCACCAUCACUCCAACAGUGGCAGCAGCAACACCACCACCACAACCACCACCACCGCUACAGCAGCACCCACAACACUCACCCUCGGCCUUGAUCGGCCGACCAUUGAGUCAUUCCCCAAGUUCCUCUUCGGAUCCCAAGUAAACCUCCAGCGCCCAAUCACUGGGCCAUGUCCGAUAUGCCUCUCAGAGUACAAGCCCGGAGACGCCAUACGGUGUGUGCCGGAGUGUGACCAUUGCUUCCAUGCUGGAUGCGUGGACGAGUGGCUUCAGGUGAGUGCCUCAUGCCCGCUUUGCCGUAGCUCUCCGGUGCCAUCGGCAGCGUCCACCCCACUGGCCACGCCGCUGUCGGAGCUCAUACCGCUGGCGGUGCACUCCAGAUGAUGGUUUGGGGGUCUCUUGUCUCUGUCUUCAUUAUCUUGGUUGGCAUUAUUAGGUGGUCAUGCGGUUGUUGCAGCAUUGAAUACAUUUCUUAUUGCUUCA